AUGCAGAGCCAUUUGUAUGUCGUGAAAGACUCGCCGACCGGCGCUUCCUCAACCUCGCCAGUGAGUGUCCACGAUCAGAGCCAACAACCCGGGUCAGUGCCUUCCUUCCCUGCGCACGCUUGUCCCGGCCUGUCACCACAAGAGCCAUCGACAAUGUCUUCAUUUUAUCCUUCUCACGAGCUUGAGUCUGCCUCCCCGCACGACAGUCUUUCAUACCUGGGCGAAUCGCUGCGGGCAGGAGGCGUCGGAAGCGGCACCCCAUCGCCCGCGCAGAUUUCUGCCGUGAUGAUGCACAAUCCGAAGCGGGCGUAUCGACAGAGAAGAAAAGACCCAAGCUGCGACGCGUGUCGUGAGCGCAAAGUUAAGUGCGACGCAACAGAGACAUCAAGCUGUACCGAAUGCUCCAGUCGAAACGUCCGCUGCCAAUUCACAAAAGACACGAAUCGCCGCAUGUCAUCGAUGAAACAAGUCCAGGAUCUGGAGCGUCAAUUAAAUGAAGCUCGUCAACAGAUCGACCGACAGCGGGCUGCCGAGCAGAGGAACGACCUUGCCCCCCAAUUCCGUCCUGACAUGGCCUCAUUAGUUUUUUCAGACUUCCCCACGGUUGGAAAGUCACCGCGGAGGAUGCUGAAAGCAAGGUCUCCGCAAGAUCUAACAAAUGCAAGAGUUCACUUAUACGACGUGGGUCGUGGAUUGUUGAAGCCCCCUGUCACAGGGGCGCAACCACGGUCACAUAUUACACCGUCGAAUGUUUCAGAUCUGCAAGGGUUGCCCUCGCGACCGGUUGCAGAACGUCUGCUUCACUAUUAUCACGAAUGCGUACAUCGCCAUUUCCCUGUCUUGUACUGGCCCAAGUUCCAGCGCACCUUCGCCAUAGCCAUGGAGCAACCAAAUACGCAACUUCUGCCCAUCGACUGGGUCGCAACUCUAUAUAGUGUGCUGGCAUGCGGCGCGUUGGCUACACAUGACGUUACUAGGGUACAAGAGGCUCAAAACUAUCUUACCCGGGCGAUCGCCACCAUUAACUUCUGGGAAGACGAUGUGACAAUCAAUCAAGCAAUUGUGGCAUUUCUCGCGAGUAUUGCGCUGGUGGAAAUGAACAGGAAAUCGGCAAGCUGGAUCUGGCUAGGCUCUGCUAUUCGGACAGUCCAGGAUCUGGGUCUACACGUUCAAGGUGGCCAGUGGUCGCCUAUAGAGGGAGAAAUGCGUAAGAGGAUAUGGUAUUCAUUCUACGUGUGGGAUCGAAUUCUGGCGCUGGAAUUAGGCAAACCUAUGAUGAUCAACGACGACGAAUGCGACACUGAAUACCCCGAAGUUUUGGACGAAGAAAGACUGGUAGCCGACGAUGUAGAAACUCUUCUUCCAGCCACUUUGCUGUUGGCGGGCGUCUAUGUUUCCAGACUCAUGGCACCACUGGCAAAGAUGUUUCGCUCCCUCUGCAUUACGAACGAAGCCUUGACAAAGUUCGAAACGCACCUGGGGGACUGUCUUCAAUUGCUGCCCCAACCUUUACAGCUAUCAACCACUACGCCACUAGAUCCUUGCAUCAUGGCACCCAUUCUAUAUUUUCAGAAUACACGGUUGCUCCUGCAUCGUCACAAUUUAUCACCCUCCUCCUCGCCAGAACAACGAGCGCAGGCCAUCGAACAGUGCGUCCACGCGGCUCGGGAUACUGCGACCAUAUUGUCAAGAUGCAUGACACCUCAUAUACAAUCACAUGAGUGGGAGCAGAGGUUCAUUCUUUCCUCGACCACCAUUCUUUGCACGCACUUGUUGCGUUGCAUGCUUCUACUCCUCCUUCGACAAUUCUUCGACCCAUUUUACCUGAUGUUGAGGGCUGCAUCUACCAUUAAUGAUGCUCGGUCGAUCAAUAUUUGCUGCGGAAGGUACCUUUCUUUUUUCGUACGUCGGCUGAUCGAAUACUACGAACGGAGUGGUGCGUUGGACCCGGAGCACGACGAAGAGAUACUAGUCUACCUGUCUGCGGAUCUUCAAGCAAGCACAAACAGUUGGGUCUGGGGAAACGCUGAGACCGGGACACACCUGAGCCGUCGACAAAAACAUGGCAGACCCAAAAAUUUGAACACAGAAAAUGAACAGUUUCCGCCCCGCCCCGUCUCCUCCCCUUCUUGGGACAGUUUCCUAUCCGAAGAAGAACAACGUGAUUGGGGUGGAUGGCAGCACAUUGAGAAUUCAGCAAAGUAUUUCCAGCGACUGUGCGAAACACGACAGCAGCGUAUGCAUGAUCAAGAUCCAUCUCCUCACCCGCACCCGCGCACACUCCCUCCUCUACCUCUGAAUACACCCGAUAUCCCCGCGGGCGAUAAUCGAUCGAGAAUGACGAUCGCAAACAUCAUUUAA